GAAUUUACAUAACCCCUUAAUCUAUGCCUUUUAGACAUAUUCAAUUUUUUUGUUUAUUCACAUUGUACAACCACCUUCUUCAAUACUGAGGUUUGUAUUAAUCCUUUAGCUUCUCUUAGUAACCUUAGGUGACCUUUACUUUUGUGGGUUAUGCUUUGUCUUCUUUAAUUUUUAAUUUUUUUGUUUUUUUUGUUUUUUUUAUUCUUAAAAAUAAAUUCCAAUAACGGAACAAGAAUUAUUUGUUAUCGAAAGACAUUGUAUAGUCUUCCUACAUACUAACCUGCAAUGCUUUUGAAGUAGUUACAGUUGAAAAGCAGUCUCUUGGCAUUGUAGUUGAAUGAAUACUGGCUUCUUUCCUUUUUUUUAUUAAUGAAGAUUUACAAAAUAAAUGAAUAAGACCGACCAUAUCAUAAAGUUUAUGAAAUUUGAAUGGAAUCAACGUUGAUUGAUUACAGAUGAGUCUUCAAGAUCAUCAGUUCUUUAAUACGUCUUAUACGGCAUAUCAAAUGUCUCCUUUGUUCAAAUUCGACUCAAUAGAUCUGUCUGAAUUGAGUAAGAAAUUACAAAGGUACCUCAAAUACGGUUCUACCCGGGGUGAUAACUCUCUUAUGGAUGUUAGUGCCAGAAAGUUAAAUAUAGAGAGUGCAUUGUUCUUAGAACUUGAGCGAGUGGAUAUUUCACGUGUUUUAAAAUUAUCAAUCACUUACUCUACAACUAACGGCACAAGUGAAGUUAAACGGCUUGGGCAGGCUUUUUUCUUUGGUCCAUUAAAAGAAUCAGAUAGUGAAAAUGUCAGCUCGAUAAAUACGAGUGAAUUCACUCAGUUCCCUUUACUGUUAGUUCGAAUGGAUGGAAAGCUAUGGCAUCGCAUCGAAGAUUUUCUAAAAGUCCAAUUCGAUGUUCAAAUCAUCCCCCGAAAACUCACUUCUGAGACAUUGUUGAAGAUUUUUAAUUCCUGGGAAUUGUAUGUAAAAAAUACUGUUCUUUCCAUGCCAAUUGAAUUCACUUGGUCAAUAAAUAAGCCCAAUUUAUCGAACUUAAGUAUCUCUAUUCGUGCCGAGGAUUGCAAUCUGUGGAUGAGGAGUUCAAGCUCUCCUUGCAUUUACGACACUUUUGUUCGCCAUAUCAAAAGAUGUACUUCAAUUGACUUAACCCAUCAUCUUUUUGCAGUUACCAAAAUUGUUAUGGACAGUGGCAUAAUGACAGCUUCCGGUAAAGUUAAAUUCUUUUCUAACUCACACUCUCUUCUGCCUACAAUCUUGUACCUUAUAGAAUAUCCUAUAGAAGCUUUAUAGAAGGUGCAAAAGUUUUACGCUUUCCAAAUCGCAUCUUCCUCUGAAGACCUUAAAUUAUUCCGGCAUUUAUUUAGACUAUUUAUUGUUUAGACAUUCAUUUAAUCUGUCAAUAGACUUAUCGAUGAAACACA